GGACACCAAGAAGGGGUCUUAGUUGAAUGUGCGCUUGUUUCGACUGCGUCACAUACACGUGAGUUCAGGAGGAGCUGAGAAGUGCAUUUAUUUUAUUGAGAUAUUAAGACACUCAGUCAACACGCAACGCAGGUUUAUAUCUAGAGUUUUAUGCGUCUGCAACAUGGGCAGGAAAAAUAGAAACAGACAAAGACCUCAGCAGAACAGAGAUGGAAGACCAGAGGGGAAAAGAAACAGAGAUGAUGCUGGUUGGGGAGCUGGAUACUCUGAGAUAAUCAAGGAAAAUAAACUCUUUGAGCAUUACUACGAAGAGCUGAAGAUUGUCCCAGACGGAGAGUUUGAGGCUUUCAUGGAUGCCAUGAGGGAGCCACUGCCAGCUACAAUACGGAUCACAGGAUACAAGAGUCAUGCAAAAGAAAUCCUUCAUACUCUUAAAGAGAAAUAUUUCAAAGAGGUACAAGAUCUUGAGGUGGAUGGGCAGAAGAUUGAGGCUCCUCAACCCCUUAGCUGGUAUCCUGAUGAACUGGCGUGGCACACUAAUCUGAGCAGAAAGAUCCUACGCAAGUCUCCACUCCUGGAGAAAUUCCACCAGUUCUUGGUCAGCGAAACUGAAUCGGGUAAUAUCAGCAGACAGGAAGCAGUCAGUAUGAUUCCUCCUCUUCUACUGAAAAUCGAGCCUCAACAUAAGAUUCUGGACAUGUGUGCUGCUCCAGGAUCAAAAACUGCUCAACUAAUAGAGAUGCUUCACUCUGAUAUGGAUGUGCCUUUUCCUGAGGGUUUUGUAAUUGCCAAUGAUGUGGAUAAUAAGCGCUGUUACCUGCUGGUCCACCAGGCCAAGAGAUUAAACAGUCCAUGCAUUAUGGUGGUAAACCAUGAUGCAUCUAGCAUUCCACGUCUGCACUUUGAUCAGGACGGGAAGAAGGAAGUCCUGUUUUAUGACCGUAUCCUGUGUGAUGUACCUUGCAGUGGAGAUGGAACGAUGAGGAAAAACAUUGACGUGUGGAAAAAAUGGACAACCAGCAACAGCCUGCAGCUCCACGGUCUGCAGAUAAGGAUCGCAGUGCGAGGUGUGGAGCAGCUGGCAGUAGGGGGCAGGAUGGUGUACUCCACCUGCUCUUUGAACCCCAUCGAGGAUGAAGCGGUCAUCGCUGCCCUGCUGGAGAAGAGUGAAGGUGCUUUAGAGUUAGCAGAUGCCUCUGCAGAUCUCCCAGGACUCAAAUAUAUGCCUGGAAUAACAUCUUGGAAAGUAAUGACGAAAGAGGGUCAGUGGUACUCUGACUGGUCAGAGGUGCCAACAAGCCGACACACCCAGAUCAGACCCACCAUGUUUCCACCAACAGACCCAGAGAAGCUGACGAAUAUGAGACUGGAGAGAUGUAUUAGAAUACUGCCCCAUCACCAGAAUACCGGCGGGUUUUUUGUGGCUGUGUUAGUGAAGAAGGCGCCCAUGCCAUGGAACCGCCGUUACCCAAAGCUUCGUAAUAAGGAUGUGAACGCCUCCAGUGAUGUGGCUCCCGCUGAGGAGCUGCAGAUGGGGGCGUCUCCUGCUGAGGUUCCUCCAGCAGACAGCUUGUCCACUGACACCCCUGUUGAAGCAAUGGAGGGUGAGACUCCUGCAGAGGGAAACCCGUCUGUCCUAGAUACCCCUGACCCUUCAGAGGUCAAGAAAGACAAUGUGUGUGGCCCCCCUCCUCCAAAGAAGAUGAAACUCUUUGGCUUCAAAGAGGAUCCUUUUGUGUUUCUGACAGAGGAUGACCCCAUCUUUCCUCCCAUCCAAGCUUUCUACAACCUGUCUCCAGAUUUCCCCAAGCUUAACGUGUUGACUCGAACCCAUGAAGGAAAGAAGAGGCACCUGUACAUGGUGUCUAAGGAGCUCCGCAAUGUUCUGCUCAACAACAGUGAGAGAAUGAAGGUUAUAAACACAGGAGUGAAGGUCUGGUCCAGAAAUACUGAUGGAGAACAGUUUGGUUGUGCUUUCAGACUGGCCCAGGAGGGUAUUUACACACUGUGCCCCUACAUCAGAGCCCGAAUCAUCAACAUCAGCGUGGAGGACGUGAAGGUGCUCCUCACGCAGGAGAACCCCUUCCUUAGCAAGCUUGGAGAUGAUGCUCACAGUCAGGCCAAGAAACUUGAAAUGGGCAGCAUUGUUUUACGUUACCUACCAGAUCCAAAGGAUCCUGAUGCUCCUCAGUGUCCUAUAGAUUUGUGCGGCUGGAGGGGGAAAACUUCCAUCAGGGCUUUCGUCCCACGUAAUGAGCGUCUUCAUUACCUCCGCAUGGUGGGAGUGGAAGUCUUCCGUGACAAACAAGGCAAGAAGAACGACGGUUCAACAGAAACCCAGGAAGGAAGCACAGAAGAUGCUGAGAGCCUGAACCAAGAGUCUGAUCUUGUAGAACAGGAAAGUGCGGAAACGGAACAAAACGGUUCAGAGUCCAACACUAAUUGUGCAGAACCUGUUGGCAGCACUUGUGAUGGGCCUACGAGUUAGUUAUUUAAAUGGAGGGCUCCAAUGGGCCUUCACCGUUUUUACAGACAACACACGUGUACAGGAGUACCUUGUUGGGUGACCUUUUGAAGAACUGAUUUGGAAACAAUUAUUAUUUUAUCAGAGCUUUUUUAAAUAUUGAUUAAAGAAUUUGCUGUUGCAUAUGUUUUUAUCUUUUUUUUUGUUUGUUUUUGUUUAAGGGACAAAUUUAAUGAAGUCACUUUUCAGUCACCUUUGCUAAACUGUCAUUUUGUGUUUAUAGUGUUUAAGGGCUGCUCAGUCCUACAGUGCAUUUAGUUUUCUCAGACACUUGUACAUGGUUUACACAUUGUACAUUAUGCCAAUUUAUUCAUUGUUAUAAUACUUGAAAUAAACGGCAUUUGUCAAUA